AUGUCAUCACCACCAUCUCAAAUAAGAUUCUACAGUGAUUCCACAAAGGGAACGGCUGCUACAGAAGAAAAGAGAAAGGAUGAGCCUGGAAAUGUUAACUUGUCAAAUGAAAGUGAAAAGGUGCUUUCAUCGAGUAAAUCUUCGAAAAGUGACGAUAUUGAGCUCAUCAAGUCUUUUGUCGAAGAACAGUAUGGAGAUGAACGAACCAAGAAAGAUCAGGAGCCAUUUCAGGACUUGAUCAAGUCCCUAGAUAUACUUGAAGAUUUUGAACUCCAGAAACCUAAAAGCGAUGAUUUUGAAAAGAGUUUGUUCAAGCAAUUUCCUUCGAAGAAUAGAAACAAUAAAUAUCAGAUCAGAAAUAAAGACUCAGAUAGUUUUACAGGAGACAGUAACUAUGAAGAUAUGGAGAGAUGGCUAGAGUCGUUGGAUUUUGAAGAUGAUAUUACACAUUCUCUGUCAAGAAAAGUUGACAACACUGGUACUGCCACUGAGCUUGGGUUUGUAGAUUCCAAAUCUAUUCUUUCGUUGUUGAAAGAUGAGCAUGGUUAUGAAGAAGAUAGAAAUGUAGACCCUGGGAAGAAGGCCAGGUCUGAUGAGUUCUUCAAAGGAAUCUUCAAGAGUGCAUUUACUACUUCUGUUCCUUCUGGACGAAGCCAGUUUGAGAAGUUGAUAGGAUUUGAAGAUAUGGGAGAAAAGGGCCCUAGGUACAUUUACAAAGGAAGAGAUUCUCGAGGUAGUAGUCGGAUGGGAGAGUAUUCAUAUACCGAUAGAAUCAAUGCUGUUUUGCGUAAGGAGUUUUUCGAAAAGGUGGCGGAUUCGUUUGGCCCAACCAGACAGUAUAUUGAGAAAAUGCAAACACCUGUUGAGGUUAUGAAUUUCUAUCGUUCAAUUAUUGAGAGAUGGAUUUCGAUUAGAGAAAGCAAUACGGAAGAACAGGCUAAAAUUUUCGAGCUUUUGUCUUCUUUGAAGGAGAACAAAACAUUAUCUCUAAUUCAUGAGGAGUAUAUUGAAAGUCUUGCCGAACAGACUCUCGUUAAUGAGAAAGAGCCUCCUCUCAACAUCUUCACUCUUCCUGUGAUUUUCAACACUGUCCUCAAGACUCUAGCUUUCAAGCACCACGACGGUCAAUUGGCACUCAGCUUGUACAACAUGCUCAAGAGUGAUAUCAGUCUCUAUACUGUGAUUUGUAACCAGAAAACAUACAACGAAAUCUUGAAGAUUCUUGCUGUUUACUUUGGCAAGUCUGAUCUUUACAGCAUCGAGAUGGCAUUCAUGGAGAUGAAGAAUAACGGCUUCUCUGGUGAUUCUGAGACAUUCAAUAUCCUUAGUUUAAUUCUCAGUGACUACCAUAAGCUCAGCCAGGAGUUCUCCACAAAGAAGAGAACCACCUUGUCUUCCAAGGAAGACGAAAUGAGAGCUGAUAAUUUGUACCGUGGGCUCAAGUUCUUGCAAAACAGCUUGCGGAUCGAGCCGUAA